AUGAAAGAAGCUGCUCUCUGCGCAAUUAUUAAAGGCUUUGAACACUCCAAGAAGCUCCAUGGUAUUGAUGAGCAAAAAAUCAGAUCCUUAAUCCAAGGUCUUGAUUUCGACCAAGAACCUUUUUUUAUCAAAAUCCGAGAGCUUAUCUCCAACGUCGUCUGCAAAUUAGGCCCACAAAAAGCCUGUGAGACCUUUCACUUGCCUUCUUCUAUGUCAGAAUAUUUCACAAGCUCAUCAAGCCCUUCAGAAAACGCUUCAGAGUCAGACCUUACAAAAGAAAAAAAGAAAAUCGCUAUCAAAAUGAGCAUGAGUGGGAAGAACACUGCAGAAAUUGCAUUAAAAUUAGGUGUCAGAGAGACAAUGAUUCAGCAAUGGAUUAAAGCAGUUAAAAAACAUAUAGGGACGAAAAAGAGAAAAAUCAAUGAAAAUGAAGAAGUUAGAGGAGAAAUGGACAGUGAAGGGAGCGAAAUGCCGUCAGAUGAAGGGUCAAGCGAUAUGGAUUCUUUUGAGGAUUCAGAUGAAGAAAAACCGAAGAAAGGGAAAAAUGCCAAGAAAAAGAUAGAGAAAAUGCCUGCAAAGAAAAAAGAAGAGAAAAAGGAAGAGAAAAAAGUUGAGAAAAAGCCUGAUAAAAUAGAGAAAAAAGCUGAGGAGAAAAAGAAUAAUGAUCUGAAAGCAGCAGCACUUAAUAGCCAGCUAAAAAAUGCGGUGGCGAAUUUGGAUCCGUUUGAUGAUUUGUAUCUUGAAGCUGCACUUACUUAA